UUAACAACGGGCUUAAACGGUUGAGCCAAACACAAUCUAAAACCCUUUUUGUGGUCUUCUUGGUGAAGUUGAUAUCGCAUAGUUUUCUUACAGUCCAGCUCCAACCUCUCUGAAUUCGACUAUGGCAACCUCUGCAAGUGUAUCUCAGAACCUUAGCCACACUUUUUCUCCCAAACUCUCAUUUUCCCUUUCACCUUCGUCAGGUUGGCAGGUCAUUAGAUUACCCACUUCUUCGAUUGUAGCGAAGCCCCUUACCAGCCACACCCAAGGGCUUGCUCCCCACACUGCUUCGUUGCUCUCACGUGUGAGUGCGUCUCCUGCCCCUAGCCCUUCCCCUACUGCCAAUUCCACAACCUUUCAUGGCCUCUGCUAUGUUGUCGGUGACAAUAUUGAUACUGACCAGAUAAUUCCUGCUGAGUAUUUAACCCUAGUCCCUUCUAAACCUGAUGAGUAUGAACAGCUUGGAUCAUAUGCUCUUAUUGGCCUUCCCGCAUCUUACACCACUCGAUUUAUAGAGCCCAACCAGAUGAAAACCAAGUAUUCAAUUGUCAUUGCCGGAUCCAACUUUGGUUGUGGCUCGUCUCGCGAGCAUGCUCCGGUGGCACUGGGUGCUUCUGGUGUAGCUGCUGUGGUGGCUGAGUCUUAUGCACGAAUAUUUUUUAGAAAUUCAGUGGCCACAGGGGAAGUUUACCCAUUGGAGUCGGAGGUGAGAAUAUGUGAGGAGUGUAAAACAGGAGAUGUGGUUACAGUAGAGCUCGGUGAGAGCCGAUUGAUCAAUCAUUCGACUGGAAAGGAGUACAAGUUGAAGCCCAUUGGCGAUGCUGGACCUGUCAUCGAGGCUGGUGGGAUUUUUGCAUAUGCAAGACAGACUGGGAUGAUUCCCUCUCAUUCAGCUUGAAGUGGUGGUAUUGGCAAUACUUCUAACAUGCCGAAGCUCAGCCCUGUGGCCAUCCUUCUCCGCCUCCUUUUGAAGUAGGAUUCUUGAUUUAAGUAUUGUCUUCUUUGAGACUUAUCUUCAUAUUAUGUUGACAAAAUAAAUUCGCUUGACUAUUCUCUCCAGGUGUUUUUAUGGAUUUGCCAAUAGUACGUUACUGUUUUUAGUUUCUUUUUUCACCCCUCUAUUAAUUUUGUAGUUUUAUA